AUGUCUUCUAAGGCUAUAUACGAGGCUGCUGGCAAGGAUCUUAUUAACAGACACAUAGAAGCAGGCACGGCUCUAGUGCCCUGUAGAUUCGCUGUCUUCGAGCAGGGGACCGUCUGGGAAGAUGAGCUGGGAAAGAACCCGUGGCUCACUAAGGAGCAACUAGUUGUUAAGCCCGACCAGCUUAUCAAGAGACGCGGCAAGUUAGGGCUUGUUGGUGUGAACAAAACAGCUGCGGAGGUCAGGCGCUGGCUGGCCGAACAUGACUCCAAGGAACAGAAGGUCGGCGCGGCCGCGGGCAAGCUCAGGAGAUUCGUGGUUGAACCUUUCGUGAAGCACGAACCGAGCGAGGAGAUGUACCUGUGCAUCCAGUCAGGUCGAAGAGCCGACACCAUAAUGUUCCAUCACCAAGGAGGAGUUGACGUCGGCGAUGUAGACGCGUUGGCUCUCAGGAUGGAUAUCCCCGUGGAUACUUUCCCGUCCAUCGAGGACAUUGAUCGUGUACUGUUAAAGAACAUUAAAUCCACAACAAUAAAGAGGAUUCUCUCCAAGUUCAUCUUAAGCUUAUACCGCGUGUUCGUGAACCUAUACUUCACGUAUAUGGAGAUCAACCCAGUAGUGGUUACCGGCGAGCGAGUGUAUCUGCUCGAUUUAGCAGCCAAGCUCGACCAAACGGCGGAUUUCAUCUGCGCCAAGAACUGGGGCGAGAUUUCCUUCCCGCCGCCUUUUGGACGGGACGCGUACCCGGAGGAAGCGCAUAUAGCGGAUCUGGAUGCGAAGAGCGGGGCUAGCUUGAAGUUAACGGUGUUAAACAAGUCCGGUCGUAUCUGGACGAUGGUUGCUGGCGGAGGCGCGUCAGUAGUUUACACGGACACGGUCUGCGCGCUAGGGGGCGCGGCCGAGCUAGCUAACUACGGGGAAUACUCCGGCGCGCCCACUGAGAGUCAGACCGCGGACUACGCUAAGACUAUAUUCAGUCUCAUGUGCAGGGAGAAGCAUCCCAAGGGCAAGGUUUUAAUCAUCGGCGGCGGUAUAGCUAACUUCACGAACGUAGCGGACACUUUCCGAGGUAUAAUAACUGCUAUAGAAACAUACCGGGACGCUCUGCUACAGUACAACGUGACUAUCUUCGUGAGGAGAGGCGGACCCAACUACCAGGAAGGGCUAAGACAAAUGCGUGAAGUGGGCCAGCGUCUCCGUAUACCCAUGUACGUGUUCGGUCCUGAGAGCAACAUGACUGCCAUCGUGAGGCUGGCUCUGGGGCACGCGGUCAUACCCAGCGACCACCAGCUCGACUACGCUCCCAAGCAGCUGCCGAAACCGGAAACUGCUCCGACGCCCCAGAUCGAGCUGCCACAGCUAACCUCGUCCCUGUUGGAGCUGGUAUGUUCCCAGGCGCCCACCAGGAGCGACUUGGGUCAGCAGCUGUCAACAGCCAGGCCUCUGUUUAGUGAUAGAACCAAGGCUAUAGUGUGGGGGAUGCAGAACAGGGCUAUACAGGGUAUGCUCGACUUCGACUACGUGUGUCGCCGCAGCGAGCCGUCGGUGGUGGCCAUAGUGUACCCCUUCACCGCUGACCACAAACAGAAGUACUACUUCGGCACCAAGGAAGUGUUUAUACCCGUAUUCAGCGACAUGGAUGUAGCAAUGAGAAAGCACCAAGAGGCGACCGUUUUAGUAAACUUCGCAUCACUCCGCUCAGCAUACGACAGUACUAUGCAGGCGAUGCAACAUCCACAAAUCAACACAAUAGUUAUCAUAGCGGAGGGAAUCCCAGAAAAUAUGACGAGGAAGAUUAUCAAACUGGCCGAUGAUAGAGGGGUGAAUAUAAUCGGUCCGGCCACAGUGGGAGGUAUUAAGCCCGGAUGCUUCAAGAUCGGCAACACUGCUGGCAUGAUCGACAACAUUAUAGGCAGCAAGUUAUACAGACCUGGCAGCGUGGCGUACGUGUCCCGUUCCGGUGGUAUGAGCAACGAAUUGAACAACAUUAUAUCGAAAGAAGCGGACGGCGUGUGUGAGGGAGUGGCUAUCGGCGGAGACAGAUACCCGGGGACUACCUUCAUAGAUCAUCUGAUGAGAUACGAGGCUGAUCCCAACGUGAAGAUGCUGGUUCUCUUGGGUGAGGUGGGCGGAGUUGAGGAGUACCACGUGUGUCGCGCCAUUAAGGACGGAAAGAUCACCAAGCCGCUGGUCGCCUGGUGUAUAGGGACGUGCUCAGAUAUGUUCACGUCUGAAGUACAGUUCGGUCACGCGGGUUCGCUCGCCGGUUCCGCUCUUGAGAAGGCUGCGGCUAAGAAUAAGGCUUUGGCCGAACAUGGGGCUAUAGUACCAGACUCGUUUGACACACUUGGAGCGGCUAUUAAUAAGGUGUACAAGAAAUUGGUUUCUGAAGGAAAGAUAAUUGAGAAGGAAGAGGUCGGUCCACCAAAAGUACCGAUGGACUAUGACUGGGCUCGGAAACUCGGUAUAAUCCGUAAGCCGGCGGCGUUUGUGAGUACUAUAUGUGACGAGCGAGGCCAGGAGCUAAGCUACUGCGGCGUGCCCAUCACCUCUAUACUGGAGAAACAGAUGGGAGUAGGUGGCACCAUAAGUCUGCUUUGGUUCCAACGCGAGUUACCUGACUGGGCGUGCAAGUUCUUUGAGUUGGUGUUGAUAGUGACGGCUGAUCACGGGCCUGCUGUGUCUGGGGCUCAUAAUACAAUGGUUACCGCGCGGGCUGGCAAGGAUCUUAUAUCAUCUGUAGUUUCCGGGCUGCUAACUAUCGGAGAUCGUUUCGGUGGUGCCUUAGAUAGAGCCGCUGCUGACUUUUGUGCAGCUUACGACAAAGGGCAGCAUCCUCAGGAGUUUGUUAACGAAAAACGAGCUAAGGGCGAACUUAUUAUGGGCAUCGGACAUCGUGUGAAGUCCAUCAACAACCCAGAUUCACGUGUCCGUGAGUUAAAGGCGUAUGUUACGUCCCGCUGGCCCGCGUGGCCGGUCACGAGGUACGCGCUGGACGUGGAAGCCAUCACUACCAGGAAGAAGCCCAACUUGAUACUGAAUGUUGAUGGAAUAGUUGCAGCAGCUAUGGUGGAUUUAUUCAGACACUGCCAGCUGUUCACACAAGAGGAAGGUAACAGCUACAUCAGUAUGGGCUCUAUAAACGCGUUGUUCGUGCUCGGUCGUACCAUCGGUCUGGUUGGGCACUACUUGGACCAGAAGCGUCUCAAACAGCCUCUGUACCGCCACCCGUGGGACGACAUCACCUACAUGUCCCCACUCAACUAA